UGUCUCCAGUGAACACGCCCCAGAUAGAUGAGGCAGAUAUAUAGCCAAGACCUGCGGGUAGCAGAGGAACUGUGAGAAAGAGAUAAUCGCACUUGCUCACCUCAAGGAUUUACCUGUGACACCCUCUGCAAUAAUGACAGCAGGGCCAAGCCAGAGGGGGCCACGCACGGGGAGCUCGGAUGGUGUCCUUUUCGUUGGUUUGUAAAAAGACCCGAGCGUCUUUCUUCGCGUUUUGAUGCUUUUCCUCCUUCUGGACUUCCUCUGGAGUUACCUGGGCUGAGAUCGACCGGAGCGCACUCACUUAUUCAUCUGCGCUGCAUGAAACUGAAAACCGGGCCGCAAUGAGUCGGAGAACACGACGCUGGAUUUUACGAGUUUUGCUUUGUUUAGGGAUUAUUUACCUAAAAAUUGGUGGAUUUUCGUCGGUGGUGGCCCUAGGUGCGAGUAUAAUCUGUAACAAGAUCCCAGGUUUGGCUCCCAGACAACGGAUUAUCUGCCAGAGUCGCCCCGAUGCCAUUAUCGUCAUCGGAGAGGGAGUCCAAAUGGGCAUCAACGAGUGUCAGUUCCAGUUCAAAAAUGGGCGCUGGAACUGCUCCGCGCUUGGAGAGAGGACCGUCUUCGGAAAAGAGUUGAAAGUGGGCAGCAAAGAGGCUGCUUUCACCUACGCCAUCAUUGCAGCGGGGGUGGCCCACGCCAUCACGGCCUCCUGUACGCAAGGUAACCUGAGUGACUGUAGCUGUGACAAGGAGAAGCAGGGUUUCUACAGUAAAGACCAGGGAUGGAAGUGGGGAGGCUGCUCAGCGGACAUCAGCUACGGCCUGGAAUUCUCCAAGGUUUUUAUCGACGCCCGGGAGGUCAAGCAGAACGCACGGACUCUCAUGAACCUUCAUAACAACGAGGUUGGACGAAAGGUUCUGGAGAAGAACAUGCGACUGGAAUGCAAGUGUCAUGGUGUCUCAGGCUCCUGCACAACCAAAACCUGCUGGACUACACUUCCUAAAUUCCGCGAACUCGGCUACAUUCUCAAGGAGAAAUAUGGCCACGCCGUGCACGUGGAACCAGUCAAAGCUAGCCGCAACAAACGCCCCAAAUUCCUCAAAAUCAAGAAGCCUCACUCGUACAGAAAGCCCCACGACACAGACCUUGUGUACAUAGAAAAGUCUCCCAACUACUGCGAGGCGGACCUCGUUACCGGGAGCCUGGGGACACAAGGACGGGUGUGCAACAAGACAAUGAUGCAGCACAUCAGCGGCUGUGACUUGAUGUGCUGCGGCCGGGGAUACAACACACACCAGUACUCCCGCGUCUGGCAGUGCAACUGCAAGUUCCUGUGGUGCUGCUACGUGAAAUGCAACACAUGCAGCGAGAGGACAGAGGUAUACACAUGCAAAUGAGAAUAUUUAUUGGAUAGUAUGUGUGAAGAUUUUUUUUUGAGUGUCGAUGCUUUUGUAUGUUUUUAUGGGAACCUAAAAACAAAAGAAGGCUGUGUUUGCAGUCUCUACCUAAGUAAUAUUGUGUAUGGAUAAAGCUGAAGCCGAGGUGUUACGGCUGUUUUGCACACAAACCUCUUCGCCCCUCCUCAUGGACCGAUAGUAGGAAAUGCAUUGUCGAAACAGAGUAAAUAACACUGGAAAUGGACAAGCCGCGCAAUGGCAGACCACGUCUUGAGUCACUGAAGCAGAAAUUCUCCAGACGUUUUAAGCUACAUGGACACGUAUGGACAUUCUUCACUUUGGACUUUGCCAAUGCAAAUGGACUGAUGGCGGCUGUGACGCUUGGCAGGAAGCGCUGCUGUAGUUUCCACCUCCUGUGCGCAGGUGAACUUACAUAGCCAUUGGAAAUAUUUAACAUGCUGUAACUAGUGAAUGAGAAUUAUUAAUAUUAAUUUAUUCUGUAAAGAACUACUGAUUUAGUUCGUCAUGCAUUUUAAAUGUCAGGAGUUUUUAGUUGGUCUACAUUUAACACACUGGAUUCCAGUCACAGAUUGUAUCAACUUGUAGAGUAAUGUUCAGAGUAAACUGCUGUAGGCUACGCAGUUUGACCCUUUUUGUCUUCUACUUCGUUUUCUUCCCUUUUUUGCUGCUAGUCUAGAAAAUUCUUCUUGUCGAGGUAGAAGUGUGUUUCCCUGGAAUUAUACACUGGAUCAAAAAUACAGUUUUCCUUAGAAAAGUGUCUUAAUAGAGUAUAUAUUUGUAAAGGCCUAUUUUUAUAUGAAUGUUUUUAUUUAUAUCUUAUUUGUUAUGGUUGGCGUCGUUUGUAGACCCUGACCUGAGUUUAUAAACCCCUGUGGGAAACAAAAGCAAAAAUCUGAUAUAUGCAGGUUGGCCCAAGCCGCCACCGCCAUUGCUGUGUAUUGUACAGGAUAGAGGCUGUUUAUAUGUGUCGAUGUGUUCAGACGUCUGUCUUUACUGCAUUUCAUGACUACUACUAAUUGAAUACAGGAACAGAAUAGCACCAGCAGGACAUUUUCAUUCAUGCCUCUUUCAUGCCUCUCACCUAUUCUCUGGUCUAUGGGGGGUUCUAUUAUAUUAGAUCACAUUCAACUUCAAGUAAUAUUGUUAAAAUUAAUUAUCUUGAAUCAAAAUUGAAAAUACAAAUUUAAAUAUAAAUGUGGCGGUUUUUAAAUUAAAUGAUUAGCAGAUUCAGACUGCUGUACAAUGAAAGUAGCACACCAAAAUAAAAGCGGGGUUAAGAGAUCCCUUAUCUAGCAUCCCAGAGUACUUGUGAUGGUAAGAUAGUUUGAGUUUGUUUAACCAUGGACUAUUAAUCAAUGUGUUGGAGAGCCCAGACAGGGAAAUGAAGAAAGGAUCCAUGUUUAAACAAACACACAAUCUGAGAUGUUAGAGAUCUCUUCACCCUGGUUUGGUUAUGGUAGGUUUUCAUUUAACAGCACCCAGAAAAAGCAAAAUAUUUAUGUUUUAAUUUGAAUAUUUACCUCUAUACAUUUAGAUUCAAUAUAUUUUUAAUUUUAACAUAAUUCUGUGGAUUUAUUUAAUAUAAAAUGUUUCAACUAUUUCACAAACUAAAAUGAGAUAAAAAAAGUCAGAAAAUGUUUUUUUUUUAAUUUAUUACGUAUGAAACAUAUUUAAAGUUGCCAUUUUGGGGUUUGCACCCCUUUUUGGUACUUUGAUGCAUCAUGACAUAAAGAUAAAUGUAACCCACCAUGAUGUGGUCACCAUGGUGAUAAAUCAGCUUUCAGAGGGCGCGCACAAUAUGCUCGAAGCUGGACCCAAAGAGAGACGUUCUUUGAGAGGGGAAAGUUAUUCAGGCUUAAUUGAGGGUCCAUCCUGCAGACUGAGAAGCGGCUGAAUGUGAGCGAGGAGAAGGGUGUUUGUGCUGUAAUAGAAGGGUACCGCUGUAAUUGAUGAGGCCGCUCAGGCAGACGUGUCACCGUGAUGACUUGCUCAGUCGGGGGAGUGGGAGCUGUCAGGUGAUAGAUGACUCGCACAUCUGCUUCAUUCACUCCUGGGCCACUAGUUGCUACAACAACUCCUGUGCAGCAGAGAAAAUGCGGGGCGGUCUCCAAGAGAGGCCGGUUGACUCGUUGGGGAAAUGUUAACGAUGCUGAAGCCUGGAGUUGUUACAGAUUCCACUCUCGUCGAAGUGGUGCGAGGAGGCGAGCCCAGAAGGUGCUGCUCCCAGUAAUCUCCUGAGACUGACAAACACGGCCUGUAAAGUUUUCACCUGGGCUGGAUUUUGGAACUUUUUCUGUUUGUUCCCAGUAACACACACCCUCUUUUCUGAAACAGCAGAGAAACAGAGCAGAGAAUUCAGGUUUAACUUACAGUAGAUAAGCCGUAUUGUAUGUCGGUGGCAGUAUAAUUGACCCCUAACAAAGGGAGAAGGGCGUGAAGGGAUAAUAACAGCGGCUUGUCUCCGACAAAAGCUUCAAGCUUUCAUAAUAUUGAUACAAAGGCCCUGAAUAAGAAAAGGCGGCUGCUCAAAGGCUCUGGUUAAAACCAAACUAGGGGUUUGUGUGAGGGACUUGCAUUAUCUCAUGCACAACACACUCAUCACCACUAUCCUCCUUUGUGUGUCUCCUAUUAACUUUCACCUGCAGCCUUCUAACACUUGAAAGACGGUGGCAGAGUCCCAGCUUUGUGGGAGUGAUUCAAAAGUGGCGCUCUAAAAUUACAAACUGCCCUGGGGUUCUGUUAAUUUGGAUUAGCAGAGAAGAUUUGCACCAUUAAACCUGUGAUUUACAGCA